AUGACCAACCAACUAUAUGAUUUUAUUAGUAUGAGAUAUGCAUUCUUCUCUGAAGUUGGCAUUGGAAUCUCAGCCAACACCAUCCUCCUUCUCUUCCACAUCUUCACAUUUCUUCUCCAGCACAGGCUCAAGUCCACCAACCUCAUCACUUGUCUAUUGGCCCUAAUCCACCUAGGAAUGCUGAUAAUUAUGGGGUACACUGCUACAAAUAUUUAUGUUGCUCAGGAUUUUUGGGAUGACAUCAAAUGCAAAUCACUUAUCUACUUGCACAGGUUUUUGAGGGGCUUCUCCAUUUGUGCCACCAGCCUGCUGAGUGUCCUCCAGGCCAUCACCCUCAGUCCCAGAAGCUCCUGCUUGGCAAAGUUCAAAUGUAAAUCUCCACAUCAAAGCAUGUGUUCCUUUGUGUUCCUGUGUGUCUUCUACAUAUUGUUAAAUGCUCACUUCUCAUUCUCUUCUACUGUCAUCCCCAAUGUGACCUUGCAUGGUCUUGUAUUUAUUGCAGAAACCUGCCAAAUUUUACCAAUGAGUUACUUCCACAGGCAUUUAUCUUUCAUUUUGGGUAUAUUCUGGGAUGUAUUUCUCAUAGGGCUCAUGGUCCUCUCCAGUGGUUACAUGAUAAACCUCUUGUGCAGGCAUAAGAGGAACUUCCAGCAACUUCACAGCACCAGUCUUUCUCCAAUAUCAUCCCCUGUACAGAGGGCCACUAGGACCAUCCUGCUGCUCAUGAGCUGUUUUAUGUUCAUGUACUCUUUGGACUGCCUUUUCUCCUCCUCAAGGUCUAUGUGGAAUAAUGAUCCUGUUUGUCAUUCAAUAAAGGUGAUGGUGUCCAAUGGCUAUGCUACAACUAGUCCUUUACUGCUAAUCUGUACUGAAAAACAAAUUCUUAAACUUUUGAAAUCCUUUUUGGGGAAGAUAACACAUGUUUAA